AUGGGGUUAGUUAUUCGCAGAAAGCUCAUAGCAGUUUCGGGAUUCGAAGUUGUGCUGCUGGAUACAACGUCUGUGCUUGGAGAGCUUGGAUGGAAGACAUAUCCUAUAAACGGGUGGGAUGCCAUCACGGAGAUGGAUGAGCACAACCGGCCCAUCCAUACUUUCCAGGUUUGCAACGUGAUGGAACCCAACCAGAACAACUGGCUUCGCUCCAACUGGAUCUCUCGACAAGCUGCCCAAAAGAUCUACGUGGAGCUUCGCUUCACCCUACGUGACUGCAACUCCAUCCCUUGGGUGUCUGGCACCUGCAAGGAGACAUUUAACCUCUUCUAUCAUGAGACUGAUGAGGCUCACGGUGUCAAAUUCAAGCCCCCGCAGUACACCAAGAUUGACACCAUCGCUGCCGAUGAGAGCUUCACUCAGAUGGAUCUCGGAGAUCGCAUCCUCAAGCUCAACACAGAGGUGCGCGAGGUGGGACCCAUGACCAGGAAGGGCUUCUAUCUUGCAUUCCAGGACAUUGGUGCCUGCAUUGCCUUGGUUUCAGUGAGGGUUUACUAUAAGAAAUGUCCGUUCACGCUGAGGAACCUGGCCUCAUUUCCAGACACAGUGCCUCGUGUGGACUCUUCCUCAUUGGUCGAGGUGAGGGGGGCGUGUAUUGACCAUGCUGAAGAACGAGACACACCCAAACUGUUCUGUGGAGCUGAUGGAGACUGGUUGGUUCCCUUGGGAAAAUGUGUCUGCAGCGUUGGGUAUGAGGAGAUCGAUGGCUCGUGUAGUGCAUGCCACCCAGGCUUCUACAAGGCGUAUGCUGGAAACAUCAAGUGCUCAAAGUGCCCUCCACAUAGUUUCAGCUAUGGAGAAGGUUCUGCUAUCUGCCGCUGUGAGAAGGGCUUCUUCAGGGCUGAGAAAGAUCCUCCAACUAUGGCUUGUACACGUGAGUAUGCCAGCAAACAGGACACAAUACUUAUUAUCUAUUACGAAACCUCAUAG